AUUUGAGUGCGAUCAGCCAUUUCCGUCGCUAUUCCCAGCCGGCAGCGUCAGUCAUCGCACACACCGCGGAGCUUUUAUAUAAAAAAUAAAUGACUAGCACAACAAUAUAGGUGUUUGGUCAUUGUCUCUCAUUACAUUGGAAGAAGUGCAGUGAAGAUUUUCUGAUGAGUAGCCAUGGACGAGGACGACAGCCAGGACGAGCUGAUCAACCGAAGUGCUUCCCAUGGCAAGGGCAAACGACCGGCAACAUCCAUAGUAUCUGACGAGGACAUCUCUGAUGACGUGGAAGAAUCUGGGGAGGAAGAGACCGACAGCGAAGAGGAGGAUGAAGAGGAGGAAGAUAACCCCGAUGAAGAUGAGGAGGAGGAGGAGGAUGACAGUGAUGUGGAGGAGGGCGAGAAGGAGGUGCAGGGGGCUGUUGGAGGUGCCUCUUUAGACAUGUCCGGUCUGAGCUCGGACGAGGACGCGGAGAAAUGCCCCAUCUGCCUCAACUCCUUCCACGAGCAGAUGGUGGCAACACCCGAGAGUUGUGCCCACUACUUCUGUCUGGACUGCAUUCUGGAGUGGUCCAAGAAUGCCAACUCCUGCCCAGUGGACCGAAUAGUCUUCAAGAGCAUCUGUGUACGGAAGAGUUUUGGAGGAAAAGUUCAGAAAGUUAUCACGGUUCAGAAGCCAGUGAAGGAGGGUCAGGAGGAGGUGGUGGACCUGGAUCUGGAGCAGACCAGCUGUGAGGUGUGCGGCGGCAGCGACCGCGAGGACCGCCUGCUGCUCUGUGACGGCUGUGACGCCGGGUACCACAUGGAGUGCCUGACGCCGCCACUGGACUCUGUGCCCGUCGAGGAGUGGUUCUGCCCACAGUGUGCAGCCAACAACCGCAGCUCAAGGUCUGGCACCGAGAGCGGUGAAGACCUGGUGUCCCAGCCAACCACCAGCCGCUCCCGGGCCCCCGCUGGCAGGCCCACGCGUGCCAUCGCCCGCACGCAGCAGAGCGAGAGGGUCCGCGCCAGCGUCAACCGCCACCGCAUCACACAGGCACGCGACCAGUUUACACCCAGGUAUCUGAUUCAGUCCACCUGGCUGGAUGAGACCAUCAAUGCUGUGGUGGCUGGUCUAAACACGGCCGUGUAUGUGCGCGACCUCACACCCCGACCUGCACGGACGAGGAGGAGGAGGAGGACAGUGAAGCGCAAGACCACCAAAGGUGGUAAGUCAUGUGACCUGGACGGCAAGAAGGGUAAAGCGACAGGAACCACCAGGGUGAAGAGGAGGAAAAGACGAGUCAGGAGGACCAAAUCCAGAAGGAAACUGGUUACGAAGAAGAAGCAGCCUACCACCCGUGGCCGCAUCGCCCGUAGCCUUGGCAUCAAGAAGCCCCGCAACGGCUCGUCGCUGCCCUCGGUGUACCGGCCGUCGGAGAGCACGCUAGGCACCAUGCGGGCAGACAUCGGCGCCGCCUCCCUCUCCAUCUACGGGGACCCCUAUGACCUCGACGACUUCGACGUUGAGGAGGAGCCAGCCCCAUCCCCCUCCUUACUGGAACUGAAGAGGCGAGGCCUGUCCCGCUCCGCCAUGCGCUCUCACCAGCCUGUGGCCAGACCUGUGCCUGCUGGCACGUCCAGCCGGCGGGGUGUGGCUAUGUCUCAGGGGGAGGAGGUGGCGGUGGCGGUGCCGGCCCCCGUGCCUGACCUGCUGGGCAGCAUCCUCUCCAGCCAGAGCAUGCUCAUGAUGGACAGCUCCAACGUGGUCAUCAACAGGGACGGCUCCCUCAAAGCCAAGAAGCCCGUGAAUGUUGCGUCGUCAAAGUCCACGCCCAGCCACAGUGGAAGUGGAAGUGAAGCGCCAAUCGGCGGGCCCAGUCAUAACGGUGACGCCAGUCCCUCCCUCUUACCUCCCAGCAGAACCACCCCACCGCACCUCUCACCCAGCAGCCCAGCGCUGCUGCCCCCUCACAUCACCCCCGCCUCACCCAUGAUGCCCUCCCACGCACACCCCAGCCUACCCAGACCCAGCUCCAGCUCCUCGCAGGGGCUAGUCACAUCACCCGGCCCCAGUGCAAGCAGCAGAGACGUCCACUCUCACUCCCACUCCCACCACCACCACCACAGCCAUCACAGCCACCGGCCAUCCAGUAGAGAAAGCCGAGACAGCAGGCAUAAGGCCGACGGUCCGUUAUCAGCCAAAACGGCCCCUGCUCCUCCGAAGCCUGUUUGGGUGGAUGUGUCUGUUUUGCCUCGCAUACCGAAGAUCAAGCGUGACAGCAGUGGUGGAGGUGGUAGUGGUAGCCGGACAGAGAGCGACAGCAGAAACAGCAGCAGGAGCAACAGUAGUAGCAGCAACAGCAGUAGUAAUUGCUUACCAGAGCCACUCACCAGCCUGACGGGGAACCAAGUCCGGCAGCAGACUGCUGAUCAACAGGGGACUGGCUCGGGGAACCACCAGGGACGGACAACCGAGUCCCACAGACAGAGGUCAGAGCGAGUGGCCCAUUCGUCUUCCUCAAACAGCUUGCACUCAUCUUCUUCAUCCUCUGCCGCACCAUCGUCUUCCUCCUCUUUCUCCAGGGGAGCUUCCUCCUCAUCAUCGUCGUCAUCGGUGAGUUUUCGCAUUAACGCCAGUGGGAGCUCGUGGCGGAGGCUGUCGGAUUCUAAUCAUCCAGAUGCAGCUCAACAGGGGGAGCAGCAGAAGAAGCAAACGGCCAAAUUGCUCCUCUCCAAAUCCAACAGCAAACGCACGUCCGCAAAGCCUGAUGUAUACGACCCUUCGAAUCCCACAAACUCCAGUUCGGACUCAGACUCGGAAUCAGACAAGGAAAGACCUGCGGGGACAGGUGGCUUUGGGUUUUGGCUGAAAAGGACGCAAAGGUUAUUACCAACUGUUGUUGCCAAGGAGGAAGUGGCUACACCGGUGAAAAAAGAACUUCUCCUUCCAGAAGUGGUCCCAGUUCCAGAAGUGGUCCCAGUUCCAGAAGCAGCUCCAGUUCCGGAAGUGGUUCCAGUACCAGAAGUUCCAGCUCCAGCUUCGGUGAAGGUGGAGGGAGACGGCGACUGUAAAGUUCUGGUGAAAAAAGAGCCCGAGUCAGACGAUGAAACACACAUGUACGACGACAUGUUCCCUGACACUCCGGAAGCACCUGAGCCACCAGCGUGCCCUCCGGAAGUCCCCAAUGAAGCUCCUCAGGCGAUCAACUGCAGAAACACUGAAACAGCCAGCCCUCCUCAAAGUGGGCCAGUAAAGAAGGAGGAGGCUGCUGAGCUGGCCGCUGAGCCAACCGCUGAGCCGGCCGCUGAGCCGGCCGCUGAGCCAACCGCUGAGCCGGCCGCUGAGCCAACCGCUGAGCCGGCCACAGAACCAACCGUUGAGCCAGCUGCGGAGCCGGCCUCGGAGCCAACCGCUGAGCCAGCCGCGGAGCCGGUCGCUGAGCCCGACUUGCCUCAAAAUUCUUCCUCUUCCUCCUCCUCUUCCUCAUCCUCCUCUUCCUCAUCAUCCUCCGGCUCCAGCUCCAGCUCCAGCUCAAGCGCAGACUCCUCACCCAGUCACAGCCAAGCUGAUGACCAGAAGGUGAAAACUGAAGUGAAACCCGGGAAAGAUGAUGACUCUAAACCCAGUAAGUCAAAGUCUCCUUCUAAAAGCCAUGGCACGGGGCAACCAUCUGCACAGCUUAUUGUGAAUAAUGCUGAAAUUGGUGGGUGUGGAAAGAAGGCAGAGGAGAUGCAGAACAAAAGAAGCCAACGAUCUUCUUCCAGAGAGAAAAUGAAAAGAGAGAAGUCCAAGUCUCGUUCCCACAGCCCACCCUCAAAAGUGUCUGACCGGAAAAGGAGGCACUCAAAGUCUCGGUCGCGCUCUCGAUCCAGGGACAAGCGUUCUCGAUCAAAAGAGAGAAGACGUUCACGUUCUCGCUCGAAAGAGAAAAGACGUUCUCGCUCUCGAUCGAAAGACAAGCACCGUUCACGGUCUCACUCAAAAGAGAAAAGGCGUUCACGAUCACGAUCAAAGGAGAGGAGGCGUUCACGUUCCCGAUCAAAGGAGAGGAGGCGUUCUCGAUCGAAGGACAAAAAGCGUUCGCGCUCUCGGUCGAAAGAGAAAAGACGUUCUCGCUCUCGAUCAAAAGACAAGCACCGUUCACGGUCUCGAUCAAAAGACAGAAGGCGUUCGCGAUCUCGAUCAAGAGAAAAGAAGAGGACUCGCUCACGGUCACUAUCGAGAUCAAGAGACAGGAGAGCCUCGCCGUCCCGAUCCCGGGACAAGAGACACAAGCGUUCCCGCUCCCCAUCUCUAUCCAGAAACAAACCCUCUUCGCGCUCAAAAGACAGAAGGCGCUCGCGCUCGCGAUCCCACUCCCGAACCAGAGAAAGGAGGCGUUCCAAGUCCAACAGCGCAGAGCGCAGGAAGAAGCAACGCAGGGACAGCCGAGAAAGGAAUGAAGAGCGGGUUAUUAACAGCAAGAAACGCACCAAAGACAGGAGACGUAGUCGGUCACGGUCACGCUCCAGGUCGAACUCUUCAUCCAGGGAAAGGAAGAGGCGGAGGAGCCCCACUCCUCCUCCUCCUCCUCCUUCUUCGAGGUCGAAGGAACGAGGGAGUGAAGUGAGGUCCAAAGACAAGAGGAGACCUCGGUCCAGAUCGCGCUCUAGAGAGAGGAAGAAAGCAGAGCCGAGUUCUCAUGUGAAAGACAAGGACAGAGGCCUCCAGAAAAAACCUGCAUCUUCUGCAUCCACCUCCUCAUCACUGUCCUCCAAGGAAGCCAAGGAGCCAUCUCAGGUGUUGCACAAGAAAGGGUCUUCGAAUGCCACCGUGAAGGAAGAGAAGCUUGCCAAGACGACAGAAAAAGUUAUCCCUGUUUCUGUCAAGAAAGAGACAACCACACUGAAAAUCAUCUCAGGGGCUCAAGGAAUCGCCAAAGACCCAAAGGAGAAGGAUACAAAGCCCUGUUUGGGUUUGCUCAAAGAAAUCAAAAAGGAGAAACUUAAAGAAGAAAAGGCCCAAUCCUCUUGUAAGGCUAGAGAGGCUGAUCAAGAGGAUGCACCCUCUCCUCACCCACUCAAGGAGGAUUUGAAGGGAGACACCACAGAAGUCAAGGUGGUAAAGGAGGAGGUUAAGAUCACCCCAACCACACCAGUGGACCUUGACGACAGCAAGACCACCUCUGCCUCUGUCCAGGGAGAAACGAAGAGUGAAGUUCAUCCUGUCGUCAUCAUCAGCGCCAAGCCCAUCAAAGUAGAAACUAUCUGGCCUGAUGAAGAUAGUCUACCACCGCCCCCACCACCACCACCUCCACCUCUACCCUCUGCUCCUCUAUCUAUCGACACACCUGAGGAGGUCAUGGACAUUGAGGCACCAACUGCUCCUCUCGUCAUUACCCCUACCGCCGGCUCCCCACCACCUCCUCCUCCACCUCCUCCUCCUGCAGAACAAGAGGACGACAAGAUGGACCUGGUGAAAGAUGAGGACGACUCGUCAGGAGACGAAGACUUCAACGUGGACUACAUGCUCGAUAGCCUCUACCUCAAGGAGAUCACAGGGCGCGCCAGUGCGGACGGUAACGGGGCUGCCGGUGCUACUGGGGAGGCCGGUGUAGAUGAGCAGGAUGAUGCCUGUGUCUCUGCCACCACUGAGGAGACGGAGAAAACGGAUAUGGACUCCUCCACAAGCUCCAUGGGCUCCAAGUCCAAGGGGAAGAGGGUCACUUGGAACAUACAGGAGUCAGAAAAGCCUCCGGGAGAGAAGAUAAGCAAACUUAGUCUUUAUAAGCAGAGACAGAAACUGGAGGGAGCAAAGAGGGCAGCUCUUGCCACCAACGCACAGAAGUCCAGCCAGGAUUCUGGCGGUGAUGCCGUGGCAACCACCCUGACGGAGGAGGGCCAGGGGGCGUCUGCUGCCGAAGGGGAGGAUGAGGCCGUCCACAAGGACAUGUACAUGAAGAAGCUGCACAUGCAGGAGAGAGCCGUUGAGGAGGUGAAGCUGGCCAUCAAGCCUUUCUAUCAGAAGAGAGACAUCACGAAAGACGAGUACAAGGAGAUCCUGAGGAAAGCUGUCAAGAAGGUGUGCCACAGCAAGAGCGGCGAGAUCAACCCCAUGAAAGUGGCCAACCUGGUCAAGGCGUACGUGGACAAGUACAGGCACGCGCGCAAAUAUCGCAACCCCGCGGAGGGCGAGGCCAGUGAAGACCUAGCGGAAAAUGAGUAGCUCGAGACCUGAGAUGAGGGAGAGAGGGAGCGAGCUCCGGGAAGGAUCCCUCCCCUGUUCACCACCUGUACGGCAUCCAGCUCUAAUGGACAUCUUGCUUUGUUUAUUUGUUCAUGUUUGUGUGUGUAAUGGGGUUUUUAUUUUCACUUAUCACCGCCACAUUACCCUCUCGGGGUAAACCCAAGGGCUUGGAGAAAUCAUGUCCUUUUUUUCCAUAAGCUGUCCCCACCUUCGGCCCUUUAUGUUGCAAUCGUGCACGCAUUUGAGUUUGUGCGCACUGUACACACACAUGCACACAUGCCCCUUAUAGCCACGUCAGCACAGGGGGCCUCAAGUCCUGUGUGUGUGUGUGUAUGUGUGUGUGUG